AUGGAUAUUUUUUCUACUUCCACUUUUGUUGAAACGCCCACUAUUCCUCAGAUAACGCUCGCCGAUUAUCAGGGUAUUGAGAAUACGGGCAGGAGCGAUCAGACUGCGGUGCUCGACACUGCAGCCAGAGCGACACCCUCAACAUCGAUGAUCCAGGAACACGAUCCCGGCAUACCCAUUCCUCUGCACAGAAGGACCAGGAAGAAGAUCUGGCCUCGUCUGACAUUUCCAACCGCUUAUUACAGCAGACGAUUUGAAGUCGUCAUAGAGCACUUCAAAAAAGCUGUUGACAAGCACGAUAGACUUCAAGAUGUGGCUCACAACAUCAACUACCACCCAGCUAGGGUAGGGCCUACACCGGAGGAAGCCAAACCCUCUAUUCUCGUUCUUUGCCGGCAAGAAGAUACUUCCGACUUGGUUUCACUCUUUGACAGCGAGCUUUUGGCUCGAAUUCAGUGUGCCAGUCAUUCCCGGCUACGCCUCCCGUCCGUAAUCAGCGGCACGCGCACGAGGACGGGAAUUACACUGCCUGACUUUUGGGUGUACUACUAUCCCUCAGCAACAAACCCGACCACUCGCAAUGCCGCAUCAGACAUCGAGUUUUCCGAUGUCCAUCUGUCAUCUUCCAUCACAUUCUGUGGAGCUUUGGUCGAGUACAACGGUCGUAAGGCAACCAUUGGUCUGACUAUCGAAAUCGACGGCAUGUCACGACUACUCACGGUUGAGCAUUUAUUCGAUGAGGCGCUCCCUCGCACAGACAAGAUUAGUCCUGGAGUAGAUGAGGCCAUCUGGCUAUACGAAAGCGACGAUUCGGAAGAUAGUUGCGAGGAGUCGGAUAACUUCGGCAAAGGCUACAAUAAGCCACUCAGCCAAAUACACAGCAUGAUUCCAGAUAUCCCUAACGAGUUUCUUCUCAACACCUCAGCAGCCGAACUCCUUCAUCCCUCAAUUGGAGACCUUGCUGCCGAACAACCAGCGGAGCGAGACUCCGAGUUUCUCAAAGCCAUGACAGCUCGAGAGCCGCUUGCGUGCAAGGCCAACGAAUCCAAAAUAUUGUUGAACCAGGUGAAAAGGUUCCCUACCUAG